GUGAAAUAAGUUUCAUUCGCGUUUUAUCAAAUGAAUUUACUGAAAUAUGAUAUUUUAGAGUAAAAACACGUAAAAAUGUACUAUAUGCCAUCAACCAGAAGCAUUUAAUUUGUGAAAACUAAAAACUUAACCUCCUCCAAAGGUUUCAGAUUUUAUUUUCGUCCAUGUUGAACUAUUGAUAAGUUCUUUGAUUGCGUCAUGUAAGUGCAAAGAUAGAAGCUUUACCUCAUCUACAGGUGGCUAAUCAGUAACAUUCAAGAAAAUAUUGUAUCAGGGAAUGUGGCCUUAAAUCAGCAAGAACAUCCUCAAAAUGGAAGGAGAAGAUUUUAAAUUGCAAUGGGAGGAGGAUGAGAAGCCUAACAUGGUAGUGACUGAAGAAGUGAUAUGUGGUUUGGAGACUGUACAAAAUGUCUCCUAUACAAAUAUGACUGCCGAAGAAUUAAUGGCGCACCCUCAUCAGACUGCUGCAGAGAAUUUAAUGUAUUUAUCCCAAGAUGUAGUCUACACGGACAAUGCACAUUUAGUUGAAGACCCCAGUGUAGAGUGCGUUACGGAGGAGGUCAUAACAGAUGAUUGGGUCCUUACUGGAGGCCAAGACAGGGUGGAAGUUCCUUUAGAACAGUUGACUAACCCUGUGUCAGAUGUGAAGAUAGAAAAUGAUAUUGAUGUGCCACUACCUACGGAUCAGGACGAGUACACGGCUAUGCGUCCGUGGCCGUGCGACUUCUGUUCCCGUCGGUUCCGGAAGAAGGCGGCGCUGAUGAACCACAUGGUAGCUCACCAGAGCGACCGGCCGCACGCGUGCAACCUGUGCGGCGUGCGGUACGUGCGCAAACCCGACCUCAUGGCCCACCUCAAGGUGCACGCUUACCAGCCCGACAACAUGACCUUUGCGGAAGAUGCUGUUAUAGAUAAUUCGUUACUAAAACCAAGGAAAAAACGUGGACGCCGGAAAAAAGCCCCUCAACCACCACCAGAGGACGACAGCUGGGAGAACAUGACAUCAGCUCGCACGCAGCAGUGGUCGCGGCGCGCGCGCACCCCGCCGAAACCGCCGCCGCAGCCGUCGCCGUCACCGUCACCGCCGCCGCCGUUGCCGUCACCGUCACCGCCGCCCGCUGAUCCCGCGCGCCCCUUCGUCUGCCGCCAAUGCGGCGUCGGCUUCGCGAGAGAGAAGGCUCUGCAGAGUCACUCGAGGAUCCACGGCGGCGACUCGCCCAUAGAGUGCAGCGUGUGCGGCGAGUUGUGCUGGUCGCGCGACGCUCUGCGCUCGCAUACGCGCGCGCGGCACCCCGACAUGCCCGCACGCACAGACCCGCCACCGCAGGACUUUGGAGACACAGACUCCGACGACGACAUAGAGUAUCAAAUGUCGCCGGUCGCCGCGGCAGAGAGUCGCGACAACGUGCGCGGCCCCGAGCUGUUUUGCGGCGAGUGCGGCGUCGCGUUUCAGCGAGCCGACCUGCUGCGACGACACGUUGCUGCUGCACACAGUUAUAAGCGGCAGCAACACGACAGCAGCGGCACGUGGGAGCAGCACACGUGCGAGGUGUGCGGCGAGGCGUGCGGUGACGCUCUCACACUGCUCGCGCACGCCGAGCGGCACGCCGAGCGCCCGCGAGCCGCGAACAGGCUAAAAAAAAUGUCGCGAGGGCGUCACGCGACGACUACAGCUUCCGGCGUCAGACAGUUUCCGUGUAAAGAAUGCGGCAAGGUGUUCGGUUCGCGGUCGUCGCAACAGAUCCACGUGCGCAUCCACACGGGCGAGCGGCCGUACGCGUGCCGGUUCUGCUGGAAGGCGUUCGCGGACGGCGGCACGCUGCGGAAACACGAGCGUAUACAUACCGGUGAGAAGCCAUACGCAUGCGCCGUGUGCCCGCGCGCUUUCAACCAACGCGUUGUCUUGCGGGAACACGUACGCAGCCAUCACUCCGCGCCCGACCGCCGCGCAUACGGUGGAUAUCAGUAUUGUUGUUCGGUGUGCGGCAAGGCAAUGAACACUAGUCAGGAGCUAGUUCAACAUCUCAUACAGCACUGCGACGAAAACACAGCCAUGAAAAGACAGCCCCAGAACGGGCCUAGAAAAUACAAACGUCGACGGAAGCUGAAAACGGACGAGUCCCCGCCGCCGGCGCGGUGGCGAGCGCAGUCGGAGUCGCCGGCGCCGUCACCGCUCCGGCCGCCGUCACCGUCGCCGCCGCCGUCGCCGAUACCGUCACCGUCACCGCCGCCGCGCCGCCGCCGCCGACGACGCGUGCCGCCGCCCCGACCCCGCAUGAUACAUACCGAGGAGCCGCGACCGCGCACUAAACAGGUCCGCGGUCGGCGACCGCCGCGGCACCCAGCGGACGACCUGCUCGCUAUCGGCCCUCAUUCGCCGUCCCCACCACCGGCCGCGUCACCGUUGUCGUCGCCGGUGCGCGUCAAGACGCAGCAGUCGCCGUCACCGGUGCGCGUCAAGUCGCCGCUGCCGUCGCCGUCACCGUCACCGACGCUCGAGGGGCCGUUCAAGUGCGAGAUGUGCUCGGAGGUUUUCCCGCGCCGAGACGCGCUGCUCCUCCACGUGCCCGUGCACAUAUGACAGCCGACACGCAAGUCGCAACGCAAACAAGCAAACUAAAGGUAAUGGUGUCUUUGAGGGUUUUGAAAUCGCUCUUCGAGGGUUUAAAAGUAUUUGGAAAAGUUUGAAACUCAUUUUAGUAUAAAGGUUGUCGAAUAAAAAUUCGAUACUUUAUUGCCAGGCAGUGCAUUGUGCCCUUGCUGCUAAAAAUGAUUAGACAGCGAAUAACUAUAAAGAGGUUGUUUUAUAUACCUGAUUCCUGAUUUUUUGACAGAGAAGUAUGGAACAGCAUUGUUAAUUGGUAAAUAUUUUUUUUGCUAGCCAAUCACAAUCGCAAGUGAAUAGAUAAACUUCUAUCAGGAAACUUUAGAAAGUUGGCAUUAGUCUACCAUGUCGAAAAUAUGUAACAUGACCUGACAAAUUUAUAGUUAUUUCCUGUGUAAAUAUGGUAAUAAUCGAAACAUCCUAAAAUGGUCCUUCAUACCAUGAUGCACCUUGAAUAAAUAUUUAAUUGUGGGUUGCCAGGAAAACCAUAAGCAGUAGAUUAAAUAUUAUUCCUACAAGAUUGUUAAUUGAUUUUGCCUCACCUUACAUGAUUAAUUUUUCUUAAGCUUUAAAAUAAUUUUCGAUUAUUGCUUCGCCCUUUAAACAUUUAAAGCAACUUUCUCUUUUAGUUAAAGAAUCUCCGUUUUUAAGCAUCGGUACUAAAAUACCCUUGUGUGCAAAUAAAAUGUCUAGUUCAUGACUA